GUCUGCUUUUCCUACGACCAAAGCGAAUAGCGGCAUGCGCGGAAAAGGAGUUUAAAGGAAUACCACAUGAUCCAGCGUCCGAAGGCUUGCCAAUUUACGUUUUCGACGGCGCUCAUGAUGGCGUGUCCUGGUUGUCCCUGGACGACGCUCCUCGAUGUCUCUUCAUACCCUACCAAUGGAGGUGCCCGAAAGAUGGGACGUCGUUCUCGGCCUAGGAGCUAUAGUUAUCGUCUGUGCCCUGGCGGUCUUGGCCUAUCUGUGUCUGCGCCCUAGACAGAGAGACAGCAAUGAUACCGAACGCUUGCAGCCGUACACCGGUCACGGUGACAGGCCGCCGCCGUACGGAUCUGUCUCGACGACCGCCCCUGCAGAUUACGCAUACCGGCAUGUUCACGAAGGCGAAGGAAUCACCCCGGACCUGUCCAUAUCCGAGCUGCGUCGCAAGUAUCGUGGCCCUUCCACGCUGCGCGCCGAAGCGCAGCGCGAGGCCUCCAAGAAGACUCAAUGCGAGCAACAAAGCGAAGCAUGUAAACACAAGAAUCCGUCUCGAGCCGCCCGCUUGGAGGAUAAGGCGAGGGCACAUGCACAAAAGGCACAGCUGCUCAAUGCGAGGGCGUGUAGAUGGAUCUUCACUGAUCACAACCAAGGUCUUCCAGCCGACCAUGUAGACCUGCAUGGCCUUUUCGUGCAAGAAGCACAGAGGUACCUCGACAUGGCCAUCGCACAAGCGCGCCAACAUGGCAUAACGACUCUUCAUGUUAUCCUCGGGACAUCCUUCGACGGCGUUGCGAAACUCAAGCCGGUUGUCAAACAGCGGUUGCAGCAAUUGAGCUUGCCCCAUAGCCACCCAAAGGGGAACACGGGCGUGAUCAUUGUGGAUCUGAGCCUCUGAGAAGCCGUUGCGGCGUUGCGGCGUUCACCUACGGUCUGUAAUGUUCAGGUCAUUUCUUCUGCUGUGUCAUGCCCUGUACAGUCCCCGGUACUGGUAUGUAUUCAGGGCGAUGUAGAAUAUUGG